UUUUACCAGUAAGUAAUAGAAUCCGCUAGUUAGCUGCACCCACAGCCAUUGAUGGGGGUUACAGCUACAUUAUAACUAGAUUUAGACAUUAAGUAACAGUUAUAUUUAUAGUUUAAAACACACGCAGGGAUGAACUGGACAAGUUAAUACACCGAACAGCAAAGCAGCCCAUGCUGACAGUGUCAGAUCGGGUGAAUUUCCUUUCGUAAGUAUGGAAAAGCAGCCGAGUGUGUUGACUUCUCUCCUCCUGGUAAAAAGCAGGCUUUUUGAAGUUACCUUAAAUCGAACACUUCUGACAUGGAAGGAAGUGCAGCUCAGGAGAAAGAAAGUCUCAGGCAACAUCAGUAACAGACUCAGAUUUGGUUUCUGUCUGGCAAAUGCCCUGCACAGAACAAGAGGACUUGGCGCAGGUGUCAACUCUGUGCCUGUGUCAGAGAUUAUUGCUGUUCGGGAAGCAGAAGUUGACAAGAGAACCAAAGAUGAAGGAAAAUUGCAGAAGAUGACACAUAUCACGUUUGAGACACAUCUAUGUGCUUUUACAGUUUCUUAUGUAGAAAAAACAGGGCAGCAUCGCUGGCGAUGCAGCAACAUGACCUUCUGUAGUGACGAGACAAUCUGCCAACAAUGGGUCCAGACACUUAAGGAACAACUUUCAUUGCUAACUUGUAGACCAAAGCACCUGCUUGUAUAUAUUAAUCCCUACGGAGGUAAACAACAAGGCAAACAGAUUUAUGAACAUAAAGUGGCUCAGCUCUUUACUUUAGCCUCCAUUGCCACAGAUGUGAUUGUAACGGAGCAUGCUAAUCACGCCAGGGACCAUUUGAAGACCCAGGCUGACCUAAGGAAGUAUGACGGUAUUGUCUGUGUUGGUGGGGACGGAAUGUUUAGUGAGAUCAUUCAUGGUCUAAUUGCACGGACACAGAGCGAUUCUGGAGUAGACCUGAAUGAUUCCCAGGCAAAACUGGCUCAGUGCAAUCUCAGGAUUGGUAUUAUUCCAGCAGGUUCAACAGACUGCAUUUGCUAUGCAACAGUUGGGGUCAAUGACCCUGUGACAUCAGCCUUACAUAUCAUUGUGGGUGACUCACAGCCCAUGGAUGUCUGCUCAGUUCAUCAUCAUAAUACAUUUCUGAAGUACUCUGUGUCCCUGCUCGGAUACGGUUUCUAUGGAGAUGUACUGAAAGACAGUGAAAGGAAUCGAUGGAUGGGCCCAGUCAGAUAUGACUUUUCAGGUUUCAAGACAUUUCUAUCACAUCACUACUAUGAGGGAACAAUAUCCUUUUUACCAGCAGCUAACACCUUGGGGAGUCCAAGAGACAGCAGCAGAUGCAGAUCAGGGUGCUAUGUCUGCCAGAAUCGUGUAAAGGACAUAUCCCCAGUAAAAUGGGGAGGUGGUGAUGUAAAUGAGAACGAGUUUGAAGGCGAGUGGAAAGUUAUCAAUGGGAAGUUUCUAGCCAUCAAUGCUGCCAGUAUGAGCUGUGCCUGUCCACGCAGCCCCAAAGGCCUGUCCCCAGCAGCACACCUGGCAGAUGGAACAACAGACAUUAUUCUUGUCCGCAAAUGUUCAAGACUGAACUUCCUUAGACAUCUUCUUCGUCACACCAGCAAAGACGAUCAGUUUGACCUUACUUUUGUCGAGGUCUAUCGAGUAAAAAAGUUCAAGUUUACACCAAAGCAAUGUGACAGUGAGUUCUCUGACAUCAGAGAAGUCAGGGAAAAUGCCUUUGGUCAAAUCUGCAGGGAUCACCCAUCAUGUGACUGUCCUCCUGUCAAUAGCAACUGGAACUGCGAUGGAGAAAUUUUGGAACAUGCUGCAAUUGAAGUCGGGGUUCACUGGCAGUUGAUAAAGCUUUUUGCAAGAGGAAUUGAAGAAAAUCCACCAUUUGAAGAAGAUGUUAGUCCCUCUGCUAUUUAGUCUCUUAUCAAGGACUCAAUGAUUGGCUGAAGAAUUCUUAUUUAUUUUUAUGUUGCUAUAGAAAAGUGUAUCUAUAGUUAUUGUUGUUAAAGUAAAAUACUAUAUUAUAUGUAUCAAAAGGCAAAUGUUCCAGGUUUAUAUACAUCUCUCAAUGUAUGUAAACCACAGUAUUACAGGGAGCACUAUUAAAAUAUUAGUUAAGACAUUAUUUUAAGUGUAUUAUGCCAAAUGGCGUAACUAUUAUCACUUUUAUAAUCAAAUAACUGAAUAUUACAAUAGAAAUGGAUCAGUAUUCAGUUUUUCAAUGAUUGGUGCCUCUUUUUUCAGUUUCAGUGGCAGAUGGCUUUUUCUAUCAUCUUGAACAGCUACUGCAAUUGUGGAACUUUUUCUUGCAUUUAAGAAAAUGAACCACUUGCUUCACCAAGGUCUUAACUUUUGGGAAAAAUGCAAUUAUUCUGUAGUGUAGUAUUACAUUUUGCAACAUAGCAAUGCAAAUUCAAUGACAACAUUCCGAGUGUGGGAAAAAUAGUCAGUUUUGUUAUCAUACCAUAACAAAAAUAAAAACAUAACUGCCAGUAAUCCUAUAACACGUUACUAAAAAAAAAAUUAUAAAUAUAGACGAACAUUUUUGGUUUUUGGCAUUUCUAUAAUAAACAGUAAUAUUUUUUUUCAUUUGGAUUAAUAAUAGUUUAAAAAAAAAAAGUUUAAAAGAUGAGUUUAAAAAAACCAGUUAUGCUAAGCAUUCUGUAUUUU